AUGGCUGUAAGAAAGCGGUGCCGACCACGUGGUGCGCAGGCCGCAAGUAGUACGGGGGCGUGCGGCCGCUCGCGCCCUGCCCCCUCCUUUCCGGCGUGGCGCGGCCGCGCGGCCGGGGGGGGCGGGCGGGGCCGGCCUCGUUGCCUGGUUACCGGGUGAUUGAUAGGCCCCUCAGCCAAUGGCAGCGCGGCGGGGGUGGGCGCCGUGACGGCUGCGGGCCGGCGGUGGCCGGGAGGGCUCAGUGCGGCCGCGGCUCCUCCCAGCAUGGUGGGUCCCGGCGCGCUGCCGGCCGCCGGCCUGCUCUACUGGCUGGGCGCGCUGGGCACCGCCUGCGCCGCCGCGCUCGCCUCCUACCGCCUGCUGGUCGCCUUCCGCGUGUGGGUGCUGCGCAGCGGCGCCGCCGCCGUGGGGCCGGCGUUGGGAGCCUGGGCAGUGGUCACAGGAGCUACUGAUGGGAUUGGAAAAGCCUAUGCAGAAGAGUUAGCAAGACGUGGAAUGAAGGUGGUUCUCAUCAGUAGGUCAAAGGAAAAGCUGGACCAGGUUGCAAGUGAAAUAAGAGAGAAGUACCAGGUGGAGACAAAAGUCAUUGUGGCAGACUUCGGAGAGACAGAAGAUACUUACAGUGGAAUCAGAGCAGGAUUGGAAGGCCUGGAGAUUGGUGUUUUAGUCAACAAUGUGGGAAUCUCUUAUGCUUAUCCUGAAUAUUUUCUCGAUGUUCCAGACCUGGACAAGACAAUAGACAAAAUGACCAACAUUAACGUCCUGGCUGUUUGUAAGAUGACACGACUGGUGCUGCCCGGCAUGCUGGAAAGAUCAAAAGGGGUAGUCCUGAACAUCGCCUCUGCUGCUGGGAUGUAUCCAACUCCGCUGCUGACUCUUUACUCCGCGACCAAGGCUUUUGUGGAUUUCUUCUCCCGAGGCCUCCAGGCAGAAUACAAGAGCAAGGGCAUCAUUGUGCAGAGUGUUUUACCAUAUUAUGUGGCUACUAAGAUGUCCAAAAUCCGCAAGCCAACCUUCGAUAAGCCCAGUCCUGAAACAUACGUCAGAGCUGCGCUGGGCACAGUGGGUCUGCAGUCCCAGACCAACGGGUGCAUACCCCACGCACUCAUGGGAUGGAUCUUCUCUCUUCUACCUGCAUCUACUGUCAUUAAUUUACUCUUGAAAACUAACAAACAAAUACGGGCUCGUUAUUUGAAAAAGAUGAAGGAGAAUUAACUUGGAGGCAGCUUGAUCUCAGAAGCUUGGAAUUCCUGCAGGUUCCAUACUCACUAGACCGAAUGUUUUAAACAUCUUCAAUCGUAGGUGUACUUUCUAACAAGCAAACCAGUCUUGUUUUGAGGAUACAGCUGAAACAAGACUGUUGGCUUCUAAUAUUGAUUUAAAAAUAGGCUUUAUUUGUUUAUAGAUAUUAAGGGGGGGAGUGCUUUGGACUAAAAUAGCACUGUGCUUUAAGAAAUACUCACAUAGACUUGAUCAGACAUUGUGCUGUUGAGGAACAGCUUGGUUGUAUAGUGUCCAUCACAUCUAUGUAUUGUGCGCAUGGGUGAAGGGCAGAGAAGUUCUCACAUGUUCCUGGAUGGAUGGGCAGGAGCGAGAAGGGAGCAUAUUUAUUUAAAGAGGUAAACUUGUACUAUGGACAGAGCGUAAUGUUUUCCCAGCUCACGUUUUGGGUACUUGCAGGGAUUCUUCAUUGUCAGCCAGCUCGUGGGGGCUCCCUUGCUUACAUGAUCCAGUGUGGUUUUUGGUUAUGAACUCGAGGGAAAUGCGCCAAAAACCAAAAUAAGUGUAAUUGCUCAUCUAUAAAUAUGCACAUAAGAUGAUAACGUUGCGAAAAGUAUUUAAAUUCUUGGUUCAUGAAUAUGGAUUCUAACUUUUCAGUCAUAUGUAAUCUUUACAAUUUGUAAUAAUAACGUUUUUAAAAGUUCAGUGCCUGCUCUUUGUAAUAGGUGGUGAUAACACAAUGUAGAUAAAUGUCACAAGUUGUGUUACGUGCUGGUUUGCUAUGCAAAAGUUUAUGGGUACUUUAAAUGCAGAGCUUGAAAUGAGUUACUCUCCUUGUUAGCAAUGAUGGUUAAAUUCUUUCUGAAGUGUGUACCAGUCUGUCUUUUUGGUGAGGUCCUUCGAAAUGUGAAUCCUGACUAUUUGAGACAGCUUUAAAAAUGAGAACCAGUGAACUUCUCUAAAUGUAGAACACGUUUGAUUUUAACUGAUGUGUUUCAUGGUUCUAUUCCAAAACGAGUGCUCCAGUGAGGCUGAAGUUACCCAACUCUAGGACAGGGAUCAAAGUAUAUGAGAAGUCUGCACUGCUGUUGUCUGUAUUUACCUACUCCUUGAAUUUUCGUCUUUAACAUUCCUUUUAGAACCAUAAAAUGCACUGCAACUUACAAGGCAAAUCCAAUUGCAAGCAGCUACUUAUGUUUUGUGUGGUGACUUCCUGAGGCUGAAGAGUGGAGGUUGUUUUCUGUCCUUUGAAGAGUCAUUUCAAGCUCUGAUUUUUGAAGUCAAGUAUGUUGUACUGAGAUGUGAUUUGGGGCUAACAUUUCUGUACAUUGAAAAAAAAACCUGAAUACCGAUGCAAUGGUGCUGAUCAAAUCUGAGAUGCAGAUCCUAUCCCAUAGUUUUCUUAAUUUUUUUUUGGAUCAGGGAUUGGUGAAGUCGGUGGUAUUAGUUCUGUAAGAGCACAUGGCUUGGUUUGCUCUGGAUCUGUUGUGGAAGCAUUGGACUAAAUCUAAGUUUUUGACUUUGUAAAACAAAUUAAAUGGAAUUAACUCUGAA